AAUAUUUUUGUUUGCUCAGAAUCCCAUUAGGAGAUUGUGAGAGAAGCAAGUAAUCAACGGUUCUGUGAAGAUGUCCGCGCUUCUACUGUGUUUGGCAUUUAUACAAGCAUUUCUGCUGACAAACUGUUCGGAUGGAUAUUACUGGAGGGAUUUUGCAGGGGUGGUACCAUUGGAUGCUUUCGUAGCGGGCCAGGAUCAGAACGAUCGACCAAUUUACGUUGGACAAGCUCUGUACGGCGCAACGCUCCUGCCUUCCAAAAUAUACACGGACGAUUCGAAGGCUUACUACACUUGGGGCGGGGAACUGUCGACCAAGGAUAACAUUAAAAUCUUGUGCACGCAACACCCGGAACGUAUGGUUUGGAUCGACAGCACGAAGGACGGGAUUCACCAGCUAAUCGGCAAAGACUUAGUCAAGGGAGGCUAUGAGGCAUCGUACGAUUUAUACAUCGGUCGUGCCUUCCACAAGUGGCAAACGCUAGUUGGGAGAGUGAGGGCCGGUCCUACUGUGAGCGCAUAUCAUGGUCUCUACAUAAGCGUGCCGGAGAAGGAGGUCUACAUGGAUUCGUUCCAGAUCUUAACCUACGAUUAUUGGGCGAACGUCACUGAUCAAGCGCGGUGUUUUAAAAAUGUUAUGCUUGUAAAAAGUUAGGCUUCAGUUUGUACAUAAGUUUAUUAAACAAUAAUAAUUUUUUGAUUGCAA